CAAUCACUAUACAAACGAACAGAUCGUUAAUUAAAUUUUCAUUAGACUGGUGAAUUUGUGAUUGAUUUAUGUAAAUUCAUGGGCUGUGUAUUUGCCAGGUGAAAAAGAAAGAAUUAUUUUCAAAACAACUAUGGUUGAUUGUGAGAGGCAAGAAGCUUCAAAUUUGCAAAAAGAAUUCGAAUGGGUAUUAAACCAAGAAGUUCAUAAGGGACUGGCCCAGAUUCACCAAAUUCUUGUGGAAUGUGCUAGGAGGUUUCCUGUUGCAUUAUAUGGACAUGAUAAUUCAUCCAAACAAGACAAAUUUGUCCUCUCUGUUCCAGCAGAUCAGUUAAAAUGUGUUGUCACAUUGACUGGAGAUAGCAUCACACAUGCUGAUAUAACGUUCAAAGUUGUAAGACAGACCACGGCAACUAUGGUUCGCACCACGAUUCAAAGUGAGUAUCCAUGGAAACUCCAACAGGUUCAAGAUGCAGCAAAUCAUUUACAACAAGCAAUUUAUCAUAUUGACGAUGUGGGAAAACAUUAUAAAUUCAGGCAAGUAUAUACUUUGGAAUCAAUAUCUUUCAGUGAUGCUGAAAAAUUUGCAAAAUUGUUUUAUCUCAAGAUUUUCUAG